ACCAGGGACGGUACAACCUGACCCGCGGGAAAAUCGGACUCCGAGGUGGUCCAAACUUAUAACGGCUUCGAAAAUCCGGUAACCUACGCAUUUCCAUCCAUUAAGUGUAACGCUCGAAGCGAAAAAUAGUUCAUUUCCAUCAAAUGUUGAUACCGCCGAUUGGGCAGCCAUUUUGAAUUUGCAACCCAAGAAGGUGGAAAAUUUCUUAUCGCCUGCAAUGCAAACACCCACAAAAUCAAAGAUGGUGGUCACCACCUCUUGAAAAGAGUCCGAAAAUCUCAGAGUCAAUCAAAGUACGUCAGAGUGGGUGGUUGGGGUCACCCACUGCUCGGAUCCUAGUGUGCUUUGAAAUUGGUCAGAAAAAAAAACAUUGCCAGUGACAGUUUCUGUGAUUCCGCGUGGUAAAAAUGAGAAGAUCUACGCCAACCUUUUCGGGUGCUGUCGGAAGUGCUAGUGUUUGUACCGCGAUGCAGUCACCGGGCGAUCCGUAUGAACCAGUUAUCGCGGGUGAACCCGCGAAUCGCCAGCUGAAGCGAAAACAUAGCGAAGAACGGUUCGAGUCCGGCAGUCACUACCAUCAGACGGCGGUGGGUCAUUCGAUUCACAAAGUGCGCAAAGACGGCGACGGUCUUCAUCUGCCGGCGGAGGCGAACCACUUUCAAGUAUACGGACCGGCUUUCGCUGAAUCUGCGGGCGAAUUUUCGGCCGCAGCGACCAGUGAUGGCAACAAUAACCAGAGCAACAUCCAACAGGAAGCGCAGCAUCAGAUGAGUUACAUUUACGAAGUGCCCAGCGGGAACAGUGUACCGGUGAUUCCGGUUCCACACUCUCAAAUCAUGCCACAAGACAUCGCAACAUCGGGUAAUGGGAUUGUCCUAACGGACAUCAGUUCAUCCACGUGGACUAGCACCCAGGAGCUGCUGGAUUUGGACCGUAAGCAACCAGCGUUGACGAUUCAGACGGACAGCCAUAACAGUUUUCCGAUUGUCAGUGUCGAUCUGCAACAUCAUCACCCUCAACAGCAGCAGCAGCAACAUCAUCAUUUGCAUCACCGUCAUCAGCAACAGCAGCAGCAAGUACGGUUCCACGAUCAGCUUCACCCAUACGGAAACGGUCCGCCAAAGCCGCAGGAGCUGACAAUCGUGACGGCCAACAAUAACAGCGCAGCCGUCGGUGGCAGCAACACUCACUGGGUGCCCCCAUCAGCCACACCGGAAACCCCAGAGGACAUCGAGGACAAAAACCUAUCGUGGCUGUUCAACUUCAAGCUGGAAGAUUUGCCCCAUCUUUCGCCAGAGGCAAAACGCAAACAGGGACCGAAAAAUGCAACCGUGUCGUCCGGUCACGGUGUCCCGCCGCUAGCCCUCUCGGUUGGCUUGGCUGCUCCCUUACACGGUCAGUUGACCGAAUCGGAACUGGUUGGACUGGAUCCGGCAACAAUAGCGAGCGCCAUCGAGGAGGACGAUAUGAACGUGGCCGAGAAUGUGACCAUUGAGAAUAGCAGUGUGGCCAAAGUCACCAAAAAGCCACCAUUCACCUACACCGAGCUGAUCGAGUACGCCCUGGAGGACAAGGGCGAACUGACAGUGUCCGGGAUCUAUCAGUGGAUUUCAGACCAUUUUCCGUUCUAUAAGUCUAACGACGAUCGGUGGAAGAACUCCGUCCGGCACAACCUGUCAAUCAAUCCGCACUUCCGGAAGGGCAACAAAGCACCGCAAGGUGCCGGUCAUCUGUGGACGAUUUCCAGUCGCGACUCGGAGGCGAAUUUCCUCGCUUGGGAACAUAAACGUCAACGGUUGGAGUUGUUUUUCAAGAUGGAGGCAGCCAAUGCCAAAACUGUACGCGAUCAACCUCCAGGAUCCCCCAGCCAGGAGGAGAUUGCUGCUGCUACCGCCAGUCUGGCUCAGUAUGAGCCACAAUCUCCCGAGCAGCGAUCAGUUUCCGAGUCCAUUGACUUCCGCAAUUCACAACCGGGUACAUCCAGCCAACAUCAUCUACAGGCACUGGGCCAACAGCAGCAGCAACAACCACUGUAUGCCAAUAUUUCGACUAAUCAAUUCGAGGUGGUUCAGGGGGACGAACUGAAACGAUCGGCCGGUGAGAUCCUGAAUGGCAUUCGACGGAACGUCGAAGUUCAAAUUGUGCACCCGAUUAGUUCGAACAACUUUCAGGCAUAUGCUCUGCUGGAUUCCGAUUACUACCUGGCCGACUAUCUGAACCCGGUCUCGAAGGAAGAGAUAGUGCAGGAGUGCGGACUGCGGUCGACUACGGGCCACCGGACGGACGCAACCCCGGGAGCCGAUUACUACAUCACAACCAUCGAUCCGAUAGAGCUGGGCAUCAACAUGAGCUCGGGCCAGGAUGAAGACCAGAUUCUCUUCGAGGAUGACUUCAAUCUCAACUACUUCGGUAACAACAUUAUGACUUGACGGCGCGUUGCAAGUAACGGAGUCGGUGCGCAAGUGCCACAGCAAUUUAUUGCGGAGACAGCCUGUUCUAAGUCGGUUCCGGAACCUGGUAGCGAGUAUCCGUCAUAAGUUGGAUUCCGGUUGGGUUCUAGUAGAGUGAUUUUUCUCGUUUUGCAACUUUGUUUGACACUUUUUAAUCAGCCUAGUAACCAUUUAAAUUAAGCAAUCGGGCCGCUACGAAUCAUGUACAUAGCGUUUAGAUUGAUACGGAAGGUGUGCCUUCCUAUUUGCAAUAAACUGAACUAUUCUAGUCCAUCGUAA